AUGAAUCCAGCCCGGUCGUUGCAGCGAUUAGGCCGAGUGGUCGCCCGUCCGUCCAGCUCUAUUGCGCUUCCGGCCCUGGCGCGGAGCUUCACCAGCUCGGUCCCUGCGCUGUCCAUGAGAGGCGCCCCGCCGCGGGGAUGGACGCCCACGCCGUUUGUGACGGAGACUGUGGGAGGUGGCUGGCACACAUAUGACAUUUUCUCCCGACUGUUGAAGGAACGCAUCAUCUGCCUCAACGGCGAAGUAGAAGAGAGCAUGUCCGCCUCGAUCGUCGCGCAACUCCUCUUCCUCGAAGCCGACAACCCUCAGAAGCCCAUUCACCUAUACAUCAACUCUCCGGGUGGCUCCGUAACAGCCGGCCUCGCAAUCUACGACACAAUGACCUACAUCGCCUCCCCAGUCAGCACAAUCUGCGUCGGCCAAGCAGCAAGCAUGGGCUCCCUCCUCCUCUGCGGCGGCCACCCCGGCAAGCGCUUCUGCCUACCCCACUCAUCCAUCAUGAUGCAUCAGCCGUCGGGGGGUUACUUCGGGCAAGCGAGCGACAUCGCCAUCCACGCGAAGGAGAUCCUGCGCGUGCGCGAGCAGCUCAAUAUGAUCUAUAAGCGCCAUCUCACGGGCAAGAAGGAGAUGUCGCUGGAGGAGAUCGAGAAGUUGAUGGAGAGGGAUUAUUUCAUGGGUGCUAAUGAGGCGCUGGAGAUGGGGAUUGUGGAUGAGGUGCUUGAUCGGAGGGGGAAGGGGGAUGCGAAGGGGGGUGAGUGA